UCUCCCAUUCCUCGCCAUUACGGACACCUCUCUCUAGUCUCUCCUACUAUUCGCUAGAAGCCAAGAACGCGACGCGGCGUCGAUGAGGACGAGGCGAGGCGCGUGCUACUCGCCGGCGUCGUGCCAGGACGGGCGGCGGAAGAGGCGGAGGAUCGCCGGCGGCGGCGGGGAGGGAUCGGCUGCGGCGGCCGCGGCGGUGGCCGGCGGCGCCGAGGGGCCUGCCAAUGAUAUGUUCGAGGAGUUGCCGGAUGAUCUUGUGGUGUCGAUCCUCGCCGACGUCGCGGCGUCCGCCCGGUCGCCCGGUGACCUCGCCGGCGCCAUGCUCACGUGCAAGCGGUUCAGGGAGCUCGGGCAGAGCAAGGUGGUGCUCGCGAGGGCGUCGCCGCGGUGCCUCGCCGUGCGGGCCAAGGCGUGGUCGGACGCUGCGCACCGCUUCCUGCAGCGCUGCGCCGACGCCGGCAACCUCGACGCGUGCUACCUUCUUGGCAUGAUCCGGUUUUAUUGUCUCGGGAGCCGCGGGUCGGGAGCGGCGCUGAUGGCGGCGGCGGCGGUGGGCGGGCACCGGGAGGCGCUGUACUCGCUGGCGGUGAUCCAGUUCAACGGCAGCGGCGGAAGCAAGGACGACCGCGACCUCCGCGCCGGGGCGGCGCUGUGCGCGCGCGCGGCGUCGCUGGGGCACGUCGACGCGCUCCGGGAGCUCGGGCACUGCCUGCAGGACGGCUACGGCGUGCGCCGCUCCGUGCUCGACGGGCGCCGCCUCCUCAUCCAGGCCAACGCCCGCGAGCUCGCCGCCGCGGUCGCCGCCUCGGCCUCGCUCCUCCGCGCGGCCACCGGCAAGCCGGCGGCGGCCGCCUCCCGCCGCCACUCGUGCCUCCUCAGCGACUUCGGCUGCCACGCCGCGGCGCCCAAGGCCGGCGGCGAGGCGCACGCCGCCAACCGCUUCCUCGUCGACUGGUUCGCGUCGCGCCCGCUCGCCGGCUCCACCGCCGCCGCCGCCGCGGCGCCAACGCCAGGGAGCGCCGCGGAGGACGAGGCGGCCGGGCUGCGCCUGUGCUCGCACGCGCUGUGCGGGCGGCCGGAGACGCGGCGCCACGAGUUCCGGCGCUGCUCGGUGUGCGGCGUGGUGAACUACUGCUCCCGGGCGUGCCAGGCGCUGCACUGGAAGACGGCGCACAAGGCGGAGUGCACGCCCAUGGACCGGUGGCUCGACAACGCCGCCGCCGGCGCCGCCAACCCCAAUGCCGCCGCCAUGGCCGCGCCCGCCCCAUGACCGCCUCGCCGCGACACGCGCACGCAGGCGCAGCAGUAAAUGCACCGGACGAACGGUUGGCGAACUAGGCGUGAACUCGCAAGUUGGAAACGAACGGAUAGUUAUUAGUGACUGUUUAAUUAGUACUUUUACUUUAGACGGUUAAAAAAAAAAGAGGAAAAUUACUGUGCGUUCUUUUUUUUCACCCGGGUGGUCUUCUACUCUUCUGUACAUGGGACCUUGAAACGAGCGAACGAACACUGAGGUAAAAAAGGUAAAGCAAGUCUGAAACUACACUCCUUUUUUUUUCCC